GAUUUUAUAAUGCUAUUUAUAAGUUAGUCCAAAAUAGCAAUAAUGAAAGACUUGAUUCUGCUUCAUUAUUAGAUAUUCUUUUUGAAAAGAUAUCUCAAGAUCCACGCAGGAAGAAUUAUACCAAUGAUCUAUCUGACAUAGUAUUAAUCGAAAAUACAUGCAAGACUAAGAUUGCUUGGCUAAAUUAUUUUAGAAAAUGCGAAACG